CCGCUCUGACCACCGUCGCGACUGGGUUAUCGUAGCCGUUGUCGUCGUCCUUGCUCUACCUUGAUAAGAAUCGCCGGCACGAUCGCUCACAGAGAGAGACCCAUCGACAUCACAUAUAUACAUCAACGAUUCUGGCCGAUGAUCUCGGAUAGGUGAAGAUCGCAAUCCCGGAGCGAACAGAACCCCUAGCGAAUCGACGAUCGAGGAAAACGAUCGCGAAAGACCGAUGUGUAAGGGUGACUAUCAUACGUAAGUGAAGCGAGGUCGUUACACCGAGCAAUCCUGAUAACGUCGAGUAGUUCGUGUAGUGCGCCCACCGUGGGAUUAACGAAGAGCAACAACUGGGAUAGUGAUAGUACAUCACUAGCGAGUGGAUCGGCAGUCGAACCGUGAAUGCGGUCGCGUUAACAAACCCUUCUCCCUCCCCGAGAUUAACAUCGCUCGGCAGCCGACAAUCUCCCCGAAUAUCAGUAUGAGAAGGCAGUCGUUCUGUCCGAGUACGAGCAACGGAAGUGGCGGUGCCGAACCGCUGAUUGUCGUCGAGGAAAGCACGCUCGGCGAGGAGGAAGCGGAUCACUGUCGCAGGGAAUCGCCGCCGCGAUUCGAUCCGGAUUCCCCAUCCUUGAAUCCCUAUUUGCUCUCGCCAUGGAGGGACGCCAGGAAGCAUUCUUUACCAACUCCGCAGUGUACAUCCGGGAUAACCGCAUCCCAGGUACGACGAUUGAGCGAACGCGGUGGAGAAGGAUCCGGUCCAUCAGCGAGGGAGGCUGCCUUCCUGGCGACACUCUCGCAGACGCCGACACCGCAGUCGGGUGGACGACGACAUUCUGUCGUCACGAUUUCCAGGGUACCGACAACCCUGUUUGGUCGCAACCGACGGGAAUCUGUCGCCGCAUUUCCCAUGGGUGCCACCAGGAUAUUGCAAGGCCGGCGGGACUCGUCCACCGGGAUAAGCGGCCCGCCCAGUAAUAGUGGUAGCACUCACAAUCUGCAGCUCGACAUUAUGGACGACAUCGCCGAGAUCAAGGCCAAAAAGGUUCGUUUAAAAAUGUACAAGACAUCGUCUCGCGAGCGAGUAUGCGAGAUUCAGCCUCUGGAGGGCGAUGGCAGUUCUACCACGCAGAAAUACAUACAGCAUCAGAAACGCCGAUUCUCCGAUUUCUCGGCGUCAGUCGCGGCGUCGACGUUGGCGCUACGUAGACGCGCGUCUGAGAUGACGAGGCCGAUUUGUGAACUCGAGGUACCCUGUUCGACAACAGCGGCGGGCAUCACAUGCUCCAACACGGACCUGAUAUCCAUCCUGAGUUCCCUGACGUCGUCCGCGUCGGAGAUAAAUACAUGCGGCACGUCAGACGCGAAGGAUGAACAAAGAUCGAGCUGGUCUACGAAAACGGCGGAGCAGAGACGCAGUCGACUCAAGAGCUCACGAUCCAACAGCUUCGACGUGUCUAUCCUGCAUAGCACCAAGAGCAAAACGUCGAGCAGCAGCAGCAAAGGCGCCGUCGGCUCGCUCAUCGCACCGAGCAACUGGUUUGCCAAGCGUCAUCAACCUAUGUCGAAAAAGAAUCGGUACCUGGACGAAGAGAGCGCGAUGACGUUCAAGCUCGACAAGUUGAAGAUAGUUAAAACCGUCAAGGAUACAUUGGUGAAGAACGUGGACCCCAAACAUAAGGUUCUCUGGGACGACAGCAGCGGUACCAAAGUGGACGCUCAGGUGCUCGGCAAUGCGAUCGAGAAGAUUCUUACCUCGACCCACAGGGGAAACGAUGCGGAAAUGUCGGGCAGCUCAUCUGGAAAACCAUCCGUGUCACCGAACAAGUCGCGCGCCGGCAAGGUCACCAGCUGGUUCUCGAGUGGAAACAAGGAGCAGGAGCAAACGGACUGCGAUUCGAUCUGUACUACUCUCAAGGAUCUCUUCGUCAAGUAGUGCACCAUCGUCGGACCGUUUCUUCGCAAUUAUAUCAUUUGUUUCGUUCCGUUACAUACAUCAAGAUACACCGGAUUGACAGCAUGAGAUAUUUGUUGCACUGCCAUUAUUUAUCUUCUUUUUUUUUUUGCCGAAUGAGUUCUAUUUUCCGAACUAACGUGUAAAUCCUCGUGUAAAUACGAAGUGAUUUGUUGGUACGGCUCUUCUCCUGUUUGCCUCCUUGAGUUGAGAAGGGUUCGGGAAAGAGAAAAAUCGAGCGCGAGAGAGGAAUGGGAAGAGAAAGAGAGAGAGAGAGAGAGAGAGAGAGAGAGAGAGAGAGAUGAAAAUCGCGAAAGAAAACAUAUUUCAUCGAGGAUGUAAUCGUUUCUAUCUGUUUUUUUCUUACGCAUUUCCUCACAAGAAAAGAACGUUAACACCCUCGCAUAUUUAUCCUUUAUAAAGCAGCUUUAAAAAGCUUUUUCUUAUCCAAAUUUUUUAAAACUUGAAAACGAUAAACUUCUAAAAGAUGUUAUCAGAUUCGUGAAGAGUAUUUUCGGUCUUUCGACGUGAGGUUUUUAUACGUUUAUAAGAUUUUAUUUGAAAAAUUAAUAUUUAAUUAAUAGAGAUAUUGCAAUUUUAAUUUUUGCAGAGAUUGUACCGUUAAAUAGGUAAUUUACGAAGUUAAAGGCCUUUGCUAAUUAUUUUUGGUGACGCGAUAUGUGAACAUUGAGUUCGAUAUAUACGGACUAUUUUAGCUCUUAUUCUCCGUUUAUAUAUCCUAGUUAUACUUAUCCGCAAAUAAUUACAUAUAUAAUUACCGCGAGACAGGAAAUAGAAAACGCGACGAUAAAUCUGUUCUUGUCUAUCCUGAAUAAACGCACACGCACACAACGCUCUAUAAUUUUUAUUAAUAGAGUGCGAAUCGAAGAGAGAUUGUUUAGAGAACUAUUUUCAUAUGGAAUAAUUAUUUUUAGCCAUGUAUCAUUUUAAGUUGUCGCGAUUGCAUAAUAUUACAUUGGCGUAAAAAAUAUCCUAAAAGAUAAGAUUACGACAUAACAAAAAUAUAUUCUGUGCCAUGUAAGUGCAUUUCGUAAGUAUAUUAACGAAUAUAAUAUGAUUAAUCAUAAAAACAUUAAUCUAUCCUUUGCGGGUCAAAGGGAGAGAAAGAGAAAGAGAGAGCAUGUUAAUUAUAACAUAUAUAUGUAUAAUAUAUAUAAUAUAUUCUUAAAGAAAGGCAAACACAUAGAGAGUGGCGGCUGGUCCGAUAAGUUAUGCAAAAUGCAAACUUACGGCAUGAUGGCCGUAAUAAGUUGGCACUUUCUACCAUCCUUCUCCCUGCUUCAUUGCGCGAAUUUUUAUGUUUUCCUGCUUUUUCUGAUCGGCGCUUUUUUAUUCGUCGAUAUCAUCACGAUUUUCAAUCAUAGUACGAAGCGCCACUGAUGUAGAGAUAUAUGUACACGGUACUUAUAUAAAGAUAUGUGUAUAAAAAUUGCCACGUACGUUUAAUAAUGACAUGCAAGAACGUUAUACAUGGAGUUGUAUGUCAAAUAUAAAAAGAGAAAAAAAUAUUCAUGUCGCAGCCUCGAGAAUUUUGUGUCUCAAAAGUAGGAUAUAUACAAUUGCGAAUAUGCAAACAAAUUAAAUAUGGCAAAGCCAUAAAUGAAACGUAGAGCCAAUAAAUACCGCGUAAUGUCUCGCAAACUUAUUUUCUGUGACAACUUUUCGACCGUACAAUUCUUAUUCUUGAUAAUUUUAUUUCUUUAACUUUCUCAGAAAACUUGGAACAAAUAUAGAAGAUACAUUAUUUUAUGCAUUAUAUAAUUUCUUUAUAUGUUCAAAUUUCUUUCCACAUAAUUAUGUUUUAGUUAAGACGUUAAGAUAUUUUUUAAUUUUUGUUUCUUGAACGACAUCUGACAAUAGUUAAAUAAGUAAAUAAUAUACUAGAUAGAAUUUUUCGUUACUUAAGUUUAGUAUUUCUUAUAUUGAAUUUUUUUUAAACAGCCUCUUAAUUGAUCUUGCCUCGCCCCGCUACGGUGUGAUUAGAAUAUAAUUAGACUGACAAUAGAUGUGUGAUCUGUAUCUUUUACGCUGCUUUAAUAAGGGAAAUUUCUCCCAGCAGUUAAAACAGCUUCUUCGAUUUGUAUUAAAUGAAUAGCUUCAAAACAUAAUAAAUGUGAAUUUUAUGUGUCGUCAUUUAUAGAUAACUGCAAUCGAAGGAAUUUAAAUUGGAAAUUUACGACUAUAUCAUACAUUUAAACAAAACUGGUGUGUAACUUAUAGAUUAUGCGUUACUUACACACCUAUCUAUACACGUACUUAUCUACACGUCUCUUUGAUAAAUCAAUAUUAAAAAUCGUUCCAAAAAUAAUAAUCGUCGUUGAGAGUUUUGAAAUCUAUACGCAAUUGAUUACAUAAUGUGAUUAUCUUAAUCUAUAUAAAAACGUUAUUUAUUUUUUAAAAAUAUAUGAUAUAUGAGAGUAGAGUGUGAAAAUAUGUAAGAAUUUGAUUGAGAUAAUCAAGAUCUAUAUAAACCUAAAAAAAAAAAAAAAAUUUGUAAUUUUUUUUUAUA